UUCGGUGUCGCUUAAUUUGUACAUUUUAUAUGCAGGUUUAAGCUGCCAAAAAUAUUACUGCAGUGAUGAUUGCUGUUUGUUUCAUUUAUCUAUUGGUUUAAUCCACACCUCACAACCUCAAAAAGUGGCCUGUAAAUAAUGCAAACUUGGACUGUCCGUGAAAUGCCUUGUAGGUUAAAAGAUCAGAAAUAUAACAUUUCUGUGACUUUAAUGAAUAUAAGCAGUACUAAAAGAAUGAUCAAUUUUUGUAAAUUAGUCAAGGAGCUUUUGUUGUCAUUUGUAGUGUAAUGAGACAAUGUUUCUUUAGGACCAUGGUGUUACAUAGAACAAAGGUAGAGCUAUGGACUUGGGUAAGUUAGUUCUAGCCACAUAAAGUGCAUCUGUGUAACCUGGUGCAAACAGUGCAAGACAAAAAGACAGUGCAAACAAACAAUACAUCACACAAAAGACAAUACACAAAAGCAGUGCCGAACCAGUGUACAUAUAGUAUAUGUGAAGAAAUGCUGGAAUGAACACUAUAUAUAAUAGCAGCAUUUAUAUGAGAUAUUGUAAUGUAUUGUGCAAAACAGCAAUUGACCGAAACGUGCAAGGCAGCAUGUGUACAGAGCAAAAACAGUGUGAUAUGGGUGGUGCUGUAUACAUGGAUGUAUAUUGAAAGAGUGUAUUUAGUGCAGAUCAGUGCAGUCCAUACAGGUGCGUGUGUGUUUUGUACUCAGUUAUCGUUCCUCUUAACAAAAUCAUUCAGGAUCACUGUAAAUCCACCUUUUUAAGAUGAUACUGCUCGCAUAGUUUAGAAUUUUAUAUAUGAUAACUGUUAUUAGAUGUAUAAUUUGUUUAAAGAAGACAUUGAUUCCAGCGACACUACAAUGUAAACAACAUGACUGGUCUUCGGGGAUAAGAGUACCUGUCCUUACAGAUAUAAAGCAAAACCAGAUUUUUUUUUAAGAUCAGUAUCAAAAGGUAUAUUGAUGUUUCUUAAUCUAAAAUCAAAUUCUGAUUGCUCUAUACUAUUCACAGUUUAUCAAGAGGCUGCAAAAUUUAAGACUCGCAUUUCACUUGUUACCAUGUGAUUUAAAGAAGAAUUGGAUUUUAAGAAUUUGGAUGAAACGAGGCUGUAGGUGGAGAUGCUGACAAUGUCCAGUCUGUCCGGUAAACGGACCCCUCCUUUUUUCCCACCUUUUCACCCUUCUGCUCCACCACCCUCUCACACUACCUCUUCUACACUGAGCCCCUGGUCUGGACUUGGCGGUGAGACACCUGAACAGCUCAGACAACAUGGCCUUUUACAGAUGCUUCAGCACUGAAUCCAGAUUUCUUUUCCUCACGGUUUUUGCCCUGUGUGUGGCUUUUGUACGUACAGAAACCGUGGCUGACGCUUCUCCCACGCUACAUAGCGAUAACCAGGGCACGCACUCCGGAGAUGAUGGAACAGAUGUGGGCCCGGUCACGACUAAAGACCCAACUCCAGACCCGACACAAACCACCUUCAUUGUAGAUUACACUGACAACAUGGACACCACGACAAUGGAGGAGGAAGGUGUCCUUGGCCCAGGUGCCAUCACAGCCAUUGUUAUCGCUGUAUUCCUUGGUGCAUCUGUUCUCCUUGCCCUCGUCGUCAUCACACUCAGAAAAUUCACUGCCUCUUAGAACAUGAUGACCACCUGUUUAUAACCUCUA